AUGGAUAUUUCAACUGGAUUUUUUAGUAAUCAGACUAAUACUAUUAUCGGCCUAGUUAUUUUUGGCGUAUUAAUAAUCUUUCUUGUCAUCCUACUUUCACUUUGUCUAAUAUUCUACUUUAAAUAUACCAAAAGUAAAAGAGAAGUUAAACAAAUAGCUUUACCUAAUGGUUUGGUUAUUGUAGAUGAUUCAAAAGAAAUUAUAAAAAAACAAAAAGAAGAUGAAAAAAGAAGGAUGAUAGAGGAUAAACAAAGAAAACAGGAAGAAAAAAAAAGAAGUAAUGGUAAUAAAAGUAUAUCUUUAUAUAGUAAUGAUCCUCGUACAAUAAAAGCAUCAAAUGUUGCUUCUGUUUGUUAUUAUCAAUAUCCAAAGCAUACAAAUAAUAAUGGACGGUUUUUAAAAUCACACAAUUCACAUUAUGGACAUACGUAUGCAAUUGAACCAGAUUAUAGAAAUAAUUAUUAUUAA